GACAAAAUCGGUAAGUCCAUAGUCAGUCCUAGAUAUUUUAUAAAUGAUUCUAAUGUUUCUAUCGAUUGUCAGGUAACCUUUUACAGUGGGUGAAUUCGACAGUAGAGCCUGAUUGAUGCAGACACUGUGUAUGAGAUAUAAAUUAGCGUUUUUGUUUGAACUUGGUUGAGAAAAUUUGAUAAAAACAUCCCCAGUGGCAGUGAUUAUGAUAAUUGUUGGUAUUAUUCAAGCUGACAUCAUGGGCGGUGACAAAGCAGGGAAUAAAAGAAGACAUACGCGUGAUAGUUCUUCAUCAUCAGAUAGCAGUGACUCCACAAGUAGUUCAUCUGAUUCAGAUUCAUCAAGAGAAAGAAGAAGAAAGUCUCACAAACGUACCAGGAGUUCAAGUUCAAGUUCAGAUUCAUCACCUGACAGAAAGAAAAAAUCUCACAGACGGUCAUCUCACAGUUCUAAAUCAGACUACCAGCCUUCAAAGAAUAAAAUGCACAAGAGGAGCAGAUCGUCUAGUUCUAGCUCAUCAGAGGAAGAGAAGAGAAGAAAGAAGAAACAUGAUCGCAAACAUAAGAAAAAAUCAAAGAAACACCAUAAACAUUCCAAAGACGACAGUGGCCCUGUACAAUUGUCUAAGUUCAUGAAAGGAUCACACAGUAAAGACGAUAAAAACAGGAGCGCCAUUUCUGGUAAAAAAAUCAAGAUGAAGGUCAAGAAAUCAAAGAAAGACAUUGCUAUGGCCAAGAAUCGUGCUCAGAAAUUGGACUUUCUCAAUGCAGUGUUGUAGCGGUUUAAGAGACUGAACUACUCUAUCCAUGGCAUUUAUUGAGCAUUGGUGCAUUAACAUAAUAUACUUGUUGUUCUUAUGAAAUAGAUACAUGGAAUAUAUUAAAAUGGUUUUAGACAUGUUAAAAAAAAACUUUCGGAUUUGUUGUUGGAUUCUAUGUGAACAAUGCUUGUUACGUCAUAUGGUUCACAAGCGGAGACUAUAAACAUGUAUAUUGAUAUACAUCGUACCUCAUAUUUACGUUUAAGUAACAUGAUGAUAACAUUUAGUAUGGUUUAAUAUCCUAAACGAAAUGUCCCAUACUUUAUUCGUGUAGUGGGAAAUAGUACUUCAUUAAGUCAACAUGCAGUCAGUAAUAUCACUUGAGUAUAUGAAAAAAAAUUGUUGGAAGAUAUUUUAAAGUUUAGACUAUAUAAACAAGAAAUGUGAUGAGGAAAUCCCAGCAAGCUUUUGCACACAACAAGGGGACAUUAUAAGAGCCAAUUAUAAUAAAAGUGACUAGAGCAUCUUUGGAAAAAUAUCAUGAUAUUUUACAUGUAGAACAUUAUUAUUUCUCUAAAUAUGGUUUCGAGUUUAAAUGCCAAUAGUUUCAAAAGUUCUGGUAUUUUCCAGUGAUAGGUUGAAACAUGUCUUUUAAACAAACCCAUAAUCAUAACUUGAAAUUGAAGAAAGGACAGCUAACUUUGAACAAAAGAAAAAGAUAAACGGCGAACUGUGGAAAGUACAAGAUAUAUACGACCAAGGAAUCCAAAAUUGGUCAUUUUACCUCCCCAGAUCAAUUAAUCUCGUUGUAACCCUCUCCCCUACCAUCACCACAGCCACCACAUUAAAAUGGUGUUUUGCAUAGAUUUUAUGAUGGAAUGCCUGACUUUUAUCGAAAAACUUCAAUUAAUGAAGUUAAAUUAAAUUAUCUUUAAACUUUUCCAGACAUUGUACUUGCAUGUAAUUAUGUGUUAGUUUUGUGUUUCUAAUGUACUGUGGUCAAUGAAAGAAAACUACUCCGAGGUAAAACAACCAUUUCAUGAUCCGUCAGGGUAUCUGGGUGUCUAUGUAUACAUAAUUGCUUCCGUUUCACUGUUAACCUAUUUGAACAUAUUAAUCAGAAAUAUGCGAACACAUAAGCCGAUAAUACUAAACAAUCCAGUCGUUAAUUCCUUUUCAUGUCGCAUAAAGUAACCAUAAAUGAGUUUGUAAACAGAUAGCAUUGUUGUAUAAUAAUCUAUUGUAACGUUCCCCUCAUAUCAAAAUUGAUUCCAAAGUGUUGAUAAUCCUAUCCAGCGAUCUCUGCGGUAGAGUAAUACUCUCAUAGGUAUACUGAAAUAGCAAAACAGUAUGUAAUGUAUUCUUGAAUAUGACAGUUUCAGUGCAUUUUCAUAACUGAAAUCAAUCUGUAUUUUGUGUCCUCCAUCGCCUCCUAGGUAUCAACCCUUCACAUCGCUGACGAGUCCUACAAUAAUCAAACAUCGGUAUGAUGCAUUUCACUUUUUGGCUCUCCUGUGUGUUACUCUCAAUUUUGUAUGGAAUGGUGCUAAUAUCUUAUCAUCUUUUUGUACAGGUGAUCAUAUUUUAAAGUAUAAAUACGACAAUAGUGUUUUAUAUCCAUGUACGUACUAUACGUAAAAGGUAUGAAAAAUAAGUAUGUGAUAUUUUACACUUAAUUAUGAACGCAUUUAAUUAUUGCGUUUUUAUAUCCUUGUAAAUUUGUAUUAGGUGUUCAUGUUCAAACCCAAGUCAUGAAGUUAUAUAUUAUAUACCCAAACAGGAAUACCCAUGUUUGGAUAGGAACACCAAGCAGUGUUUCGUACCCAGGUAUGAACACCUGUAUAGUGACACAGGUUGGAUUUAGAUUCUUUUAACGGGGUGGUGUUGAUAAGACCACUGGCUACUAGUCAACAAAGCGCCAGCUAUUAUCAGUGUCCAGUCUACACCUGGCCCUUAUGUAACAUUCGGACACUGUUGGCCAAUACUGCGUAGAUCAGGUCGACCCAGUGACUGCCUUGACCUGAGUAGGUUACCGGGUGACGUACAGGAUAAAGAACAGACGCUACCCGGUUGAUAUUGGCCCUAUAACGCAUUCUCCAUGAAAAUACACACAUUUGGAAGUUUGAUAGAUGUUAGAUUAUGUUGAUUAAAGAAGAUAUUAUAAUCAAAUGAGAAACUAAAAUCAAAAUAUAAAACACAUACAUAUAUAGAUAAUAGAAACCAAGAUGACGUAUCCAAUAAAAAAUACAGGUAAACGACAGGACUCGUCUAUUUGAUUCUGAUAUCAGAAAUAAAAUACAGAACUCUUUGAUAACAAAUAAAAUUCAUUAAGAUGUAUGCCGUGUUACCAAGAACAUCUAAACAAAGAAAUGCCAGCUUCAUCAUCACAUUUAAAUGUCAUUAAGAUUCCCGGUGUUGUACGAUUUAUGAUUAAUAUUAUAAGUAAUCGUUAAACUGAGAAUAUCAUAUGAGUAAAAAGAGUAAAAGUCCACGGCUUGAUUGCUUUUCCUAGGAUGUCAAGAAUUUGGUAUUAAAAUUUCCAUUGGUAAUCCCUUUCAUCCAAGAUUACAAAUAAUGAUGUCAUGAUAGCUAGCAAUGAAGAUAAUAUUUAAAACUAAUGGAAAUCUAGCCAUUAUUGAUUUUAAAGAGACACUUUCAUAAAACUAGGUAGGGAGGUUACCAUUGUUUUGCAUUAGGGAUUGCCGUAAUUUUUUCUUGAUUUUUGAAUUGCUUACGUGGGAAAUAGGGAUACUAUUUAAUACCGAUUCCAAAAACCGCAAAACAAAGGAAGUAUUGUAUUAACAUCAGUGUUUCGGAACAAUGAAAUAUACAUAUACAGUCAAACUUCGCGAUCUCAGACUAUGAUAAUUCGAAGAUAAUAAGUCCAAGUUAAAAUGCGACAGUAACAUUCUAUAUAACUCUAUAUAUAUAUGUUAUAUAUGUUACCUUGUUACCUCGAAUUUUUGGGAUAUCGAGGUUUUUCAUGCCAGCACUGGCUUCGAGAUAACGAGGUUUGUAUAAAGAUAAUAUAGCACGGUACAAAACUAUCUGUUAAACAGAUUGGAUACCAAUUAAAACCAGGGAGCUAAUUGGUGUCAACAAUUAUUGCCGUGUUGAAAUACUAUAUAUGGUGUUAUAAAAGCAGACUACAUGAUUACUAAUGAAUUGCAUGUACAUUCUGCGAUCAUUCUUUGUUUGCUUUGUUUUCAUAUACCGAGUCACACCCCGGAAUUACCAUCAUUUCCACAUUGUUGUGGAUAUAUUUAUUGACGCAAAUCUUACUGUUACACAUUUCCGUAAUGUACACGAGAUGUUGGACAUUGUCCAUCAGUGUGUGGUCGAUAUUAUGUCCUUUGUGUUAUAAAACCGUGGUCAGCAGCUUAACGACACGUCAGCAAUAUAUGUGAAUUGAUGAUUGCUAAAAAUAAAGUCUCCAUGCAUAGCCA